AUCCACACAUUUCCUUGAAGGUAAUAAUUUAGAUGUGCAACCAACAAGCAAAUAGUAAUUGAUUUUUUUUUGUAUUCUGUGAAAUGUAAUACUGAAUUUGAAAGCAAGUUAGAUCAUAAAAUACACUACUUGUGUUAUGCAUUCCAAGAAUUAUGGAUGAUCUAGAGGACAGUACCCUUGCAGUGGGAGAGUUAGAAGCAGUGUUCACUAAAGCUGCUGCUCACCUUCAAACUCUAGCAGCUAAUCUUGGCCAAGACAAGCUUCUUUUCUUUUAUGCUCGCUACAAACAGGCUAAUGAAGGCUCCUGCAAUACACCAAAGCCAGGUUUUUUUGACUUUAAAGGUAAACAAAAAUGGGAGGCAUGGAAAAGCCUAGGAAACAUGCAAAAGGAUGAUGCCAUGAGGGAAUAUGUGAGUGCCAUUGCUGACGUUGAUCCAGACUGGGAACUUAAAAUUGAUUUGGGGGGUGGUCCGAGGACCAGCUGGGCGAGAGUUAGCAGCCUUCAGCCUGAAAAAGAUAACAUCAAAGAAGAGGAUAAAACUUCCUUUGAUUGGGUAAAGGAAAAUAAUGUUCAUAAAAUUGAAAAUUUGAGUCCUAAAUCCAUAGAAGACACAGAUGAGAAUGGGAUGAGCCUCUUACACUGGGCAGCAGAUAGAGGUCAUACAGAAAUUGUUAGAUGUCUUUUAGAAAAAAAGAUAAAUGUCAAUAUGCAGGAUGAUGAAGGCCAGACUGCACUUCACUAUGCAGCUUCCUGUGGUCACUUGGACAUCAUCAGGGUUCUCUUAGACCACGGGGCUGAUCCCUCCAUCCAGGAUUCUGAUGGACUACGACCUGAAGAUUGUGUUGAUGAUGAAGCAGUUAAAGUUCUGUUUGAAGCAUUGUAAUAAUUAUCUUGUCUACAUCUUGUAGUUACACAUUUGUUUCUUACUGGAUAAAACUUCAUUAUGUUUCAGUGUGUGAAUUAAGAAUCAUUUUGUUAUUAAGAGCUUUUUAAGUCGUUCACAUUGUCUUGUAUAUUUAUGUUAACAGAUAUUAAUGAUGUUUUGAGACAAUAUGCUUACCAGUGCUGUAAUGUAAAUACCAGAUUGCUGAUGACGAAUACAGUAUUCUAACGAUA